UAAGACCUAGGGGGUUAUGUGUGCGCUUUGUGUGUUGAUAACUAGCAAGUAGCUAACUUGUGUGCGAUGUACUGUACCUGACAAACAUCUUCAAGUGAGGUUCAUUGAAGAGAUGUGCUAGUGCUUGUCCUAUACUGGUGGCUUAAUUUGAAGAAUUUCUACUAGUUGUUUGUCCUUGGAAAGUGGAAAAUUGAGAACCCUAUUAUUUUUAUUCAUUCACCUUUAGAAAUUCUCAUUAGAUAGAUGUCAUGGAGGCUAAGCAACCCUAGUAGAAUUAUUUUGCAUUUGAGGACCAAGUUCUUAUCUAUAAAGACUUUCAAAGUAAAUGGAAGAUUCUCAAGGUUAUUGGCAAGCCAAUGCUGGCAAUGAUUGAUUAGAUGAUAAUAGGUUGAGACAUUAAGUUCUAAGAUUUGAUGGAACAGCUGAUUCUAUCAUAAAGUAGGAUGUGUUAUUGUUUUUUUUGGUUUGAAGCAUGACAGAGAUGGGACCAAGCAAACCCUCAUGGAGUUGUUUUGCUUCAGAGGAACAAGGUCUUCAGAAGAUCAAUGCAAAUUUGCAGACCAACUGGACGAUUUAUUGUGGUGGAUUGCAAACGCAACUGUGCAAUGGACCAAUGGUUGCAUUCCCUAUGAUGAUGCUGUAGUUUCUCUCUAGUGCCAUUCAUCUAGAAGUUCCCCUUAACUGCAUUGCCAAGUAGUUACAGUAUUUGAGAAGAUUUUAGUUCUUGUGGCCAACUUCUUAACUUCCGAAAUGCCAAAGGUUAGAACCUUGUCUGCUCACUCCAGGGCAUCUUCUUACUCUAGCAGCUCCAUGACCAUGGAGAAAUAUAAAGUAGAAGAACAAUUGGGAUCAGCUGCCGAUGUGAAAGAAUGGGAGGAAGCUAGGUGCCCAAUCUGUAUGGAACACCCUCAUAAUGCUGUUCUUCUAAAGUGUUCCUCCUAUAAGAAAGGCUGCCGCCCUUACAUGUGCGACACCAGCUACAGACACUCCUAUUGUCUUGAUCGGUUCUGUGAGUCAUUUGCACCACAUGCCUCAAAUGCACUACUGCAAGAAAAUCCUCUUACAAGUUCAGCAUUUCGCAGCAGGAGGGAAGAUGGGUCGGAGCCUGGUCAAGCAAGGUAUUGUGGGAGCCAAUUGCAACCAAAACUUUUCUGCCCUCUUUGUCGAGGAGAGGUUUAUGGGUGCAGUAUAGUAGAGCCAGCUCGUGAAUUCAUGAAUUCCAAGGCAAGAAGUUGUUCUUCUGAGAUGUGCGACUUCUGUGGGACCUAUUCAGAACUCAGGAAGCAUGCAAGGUCUGAACACCCAUCAGAGAGUAUGCCGCGUCUGAGGCAAACCACUCGAGGGACUCAUGGUAAUACUGGUUAUGCUACUAUUCCGAGCAACUUCUACGUGCGUGUGCCCCGUCGUCGGUGGUCAUGGGAGGAAACUAUUAUUAUUCUAGAAAUGUCCAUAAUAGGUUUAGGUUUACUUUUACUCCAAGUUUGCUUAUUGUUAUAAAUACAGCAAACCUAAUUUGUAAGACGCAGAGUUUAUGUAUUUUGUCAAUUUUGAUCAGUUUAUCAAUAAGUUUAUCAAUA